CUCGGUGUAAACAGGAAGAACCGAUGAAAAGUAGGUUAAAUAUUUCAUAAAGCGAAGAGGAUGGUCGGAUACGGACGGACGAGCGUUUUUCUUGCUUUAUAAACCUGUCCACGUGUGCAGUGCUGUCUGCGGCUUAAUAACAAGUCUGGAAAUAUUUCUGCACAAGUGGGUUUUGAUUUUUAAGGACAUAUUCGCAAACACCGUGAGCUUUACCGACGUUACACGGAGAGUGACGCCGCGGUUUAAUUUUCUUCUGGGGGGUGCCCGCCUGCCCGCCUGCCAGCCUACCUGCUGCUAACAAACUACAUUCGGUUUGUUGCCUAUUUUGGAAAGGAUUUUUGUGCUUGUGUCGACGAAACCCUUGUACGAUGGUUCAAAAAGACAAGACUUUAGACACUCCUCCGUUAGAUGUUGAGCCGAGCCCCAGCCCAGUCUCUGGAGAGGCUUGUGUGGAGGCCCCGGGCGGCCCAGUGGCGGACUCCAGGAUCGGAGUGGAAACGACGGGCCGCAGAAAAUUCAUCAGUGGGGUAGUGGAAGGCUUUUAUGGACGCCCCUGGACUAUGGAACAGAGGAAGGAGCUGUUCAGAAGGCAACAGAAGUGGGGGCUGAACACGUACCUUUAUGCACCCAAAGAUGACUACAAGCACAGGAUGUUCUGGAGAGAAAUGUAUUCAGUGGAAGAAGCAGAACAACUCAUGACUUUAGUCAAUGCUGCCAAGGAGUAUGGAAUAGAGUUUAUAUAUGCCAUCUCCCCUGGACUAGACAUAACCUUCUCUAAUCAGAAAGAGGUUUCUGCGCUUAAGCGAAAACUUGACCAGGUCACUCAUUUUGGCUGCAAGUCCUUUGCCUUACUUUUUGACGAUAUUGACCACAACAUGUGCCCAGCUGAUAAAGAAGUAUUCAGCUCUUUUGCUCACGCUCAGGUUUCUUUAACCAAUGAAAUCUACCAGUACCUCGGAGAGCCUGAAACCUUCCUGUUUUGCCCCACAGAGUACUGUGGAACAUUCUGCUACCCAAAUGUCUCGCAGUCGCCCUACCUGCGCACAGUCGGAGAAAAACUGCUGCCCAGCAUUGACGUGCUCUGGACGGGUCCCAAAGUGGUUUCGAAGGAAAUCCCAGUGGAGUCCAUCGAGGAGGUGUCGAAGAUCCUGAGGAGAGCCCCCGUAAUCUGGGACAACAUUCACGCCAACGAUUACGACCAGAAGAGGCUUUUCCUGGGUCCGUACAAGGGCCGCUCCACCGAGCUCAUCCCCAGGCUGAAGGGAGUCCUCACCAAUCCCAACUGCGAGUUUGAAUCCAAUUUUGUCGCCAUUCACACUUUGGCCACCUGGUACAAGUCCAACAUGAACGGGGUUCGCAAAGACGUGGUCAUGACUGACGGCGAGGACAGCACGGUGUCCAUCCAGAUCAAGCUUGAGAACGAAGGCAGCGACGAGGAGCUGGAGACGGACAUGCUCUACAGCCCCCAGCUUGCGUUAAAGCUGGCUCUGACGGAGUGGCUUUCUGAGUUUAGCGUGCCUCACCAAUAUAACAGCCGACAGGUGCCUCAGAGCGGUGCCAAAAGCACGGCCAUCGACGUGUCGUCCAUGACGGCGUCGGCCCUCUGCUCCUCCACGUCGGUCACGACCGUGUUCCAGCAGCCCAUAAUGUCUUCUGUGAUGCCCUCCCUCCUGCUGGAUCCCCUCCCACAGCCCAUGGCGAAAACAUCUGAAGAGGUGGACGUGGAGAAGAAGGAUUCCGACGAGGAGCCAAUGGAGAUGGUGGUGGAGAAGCUGGACGAGCCGGAGGAGGCGGAGGCCGACCCGGAAGAGAAAGACGCCGCUCCCAUCUUGGCCGACAAAAUGGCCGAGGACCUGAAGCCCAUGGAUACAGACAAGGAGAGUUUGGCGGAGUCCAAGUCCCCCGAAGAGUCGAUCCAGGAGGACUCUGGGAGUGAUAUCGCUCCCAUGCAGACUGACGAUCUGCUCAAACAGGAACCGUAUGUGCCCGGCCCCAACGAGAAGCCUCUGUUCGUACCAGAGGCCCCCACGCUGGAGGACCUGUGUCUGCUCGCCGAGCUCUUCUACCUGCCUUACGAGCACGGACCCAAGGCCACACAGAUGUUAAAGGAAUUCAACUGGUUGAGAGCCAACAGCAGCGUCGUGAGCGUCAACUGUAAGAGGAAGGAAAGUGAAAAGGUGGCGGAGUGGCAGCGGCGGGCGGAGACGUUUCAGGACAUGUGCUGCUCAGUCAUCCACAUGUUCACACGGCUGUCCAACACGGCCAACCGCACCAUCCUGUUUGACCUCUACCCUUACAUCUGGGACAUCAAGAGCAUCAUGUCUAUGGUCAAGUCUUUUGUCCUGUGGCUCGGGUGUCGUAGUCAGUCCUCAGCACAGUUUCCUAAAGGAGAACAAGAGUCCUGGGCCUUUAGGGGAGGUCUAGCAGGAGAGUUCCAGAGAUUGUUGCCAAUAGAAGCGGCAAACGAUCUUUUCUACCAGCCUCCACCUUCUUUGCCAACCUCCAAAAUCUAUACCUUAAGGCCGUACUAUCCCAAAGAUGAGGCCGCAGUUUAUAAAAUCUGUAAAGAAAUGUACUGUGAAGGAAUGGAGGACGAGCCGUUCGCCGAGGAGACUGACCUCAUUGGAGACAGGUUAGUCGGAGGUCUCCUGACCGUCAGCUCCGACUACGGCUUCGUGCUGGAGGAUGACGAGGGCAUCUGCGGCUACGCUCUGGGCACCGUGGAUGUGAAGCCUUUCAUCAAGAAGUGCAAGCUGAGCUGGAUUCCCUUCAUGCAAGAGAAGUACCACAAACCCGACUGCGAGAAGGAUCUCUCUGAGGCAGAAAAGAUGAUACUGAGUUUCCACGAGGAGGAGGAGGGACUACCAGACUCGUUUCUGUCAAACUUUCCAUCGCUCAUCAAGGUGGACAUUCACGCCAAAGUGACUGACCCCAGUGUGGCCAAAAGCAUGAUGGGAUGUCUGUUAUCUUCGCUUAAGGCUAAUGGGUCUCACGGUGCUUUCUGUAAAGUUCGUCAGACUGAUAAACGAAUGCUGGAGUUUUACAGUAAGCUGGGAUGUUUCGAAGUGGCCAAAAUGGACGGCUUCCCCAAAGACGUCAUCAUUAUGGGACGCAGCCUCUGAAGGAGCGUGCGCACACAGCCACGGACAGUGCAGCGUCGCAUCGAUACACCUUGGUACCUUCAUGUGGGGGAAAAAAAAAAACUUUUGUUAUAUUUAUACUGCCAACAAAUGUGGGCUCAGCCCAGAAUGUCACAUUUUGGGGGGGGGUUGAUGUAAAGAAGCGCAAGAGUCACACAGAAACCGCGCGGCCAGGAUGUGGCAGAUCAGGAGCUGAAACAUCCAAUGAGAGGCCUCCAGCCACUCCAGCCACUAACAUCAAGUGUCCUCCCCCAAGCGAUGAUUUUUUUUUUCUCCCCCAGGAGCCAAUGACUUUCCAUGGAUCCAUUUCUCCUCCGGCUGAAAGACGAGUGGAUGUGAAACAGCAGCAGUAGUGAGAAGAAGGUGGCUCCUCAGCUAGGCUCCUCUUCUGCUUUCAGUCAGCAGAGAUGUUGACAUGUUGAAUUGGACGUCAAACAGGAAAAGAGCUGCUAAAAGAAUGUGGUGUUCGUUUUUUUCCCCCCCUUAGAUUUUAUUUCUCCACAGUUCUCUGGGAGACGAAAGGCCUGAGCAUCAAAGAACGUGUUGAUGAAAGUUAGCCAAAGGGGUCGUGUGAAUUUUCGUUGAAGUAGCUGCAGACAUUUGCAAAGCAAUAGAAACGCUUUUCUGUGUUUACAGUUUGCUACUUUUUUUUUUUUUUUGCUUCAUUCCCCUCCAGCUAUUGCCUUUUCAAUCUUUGCAUCUGAUUGCUCUUAAUUUUUUUUUAUUUUUAUUUUCCAGACCCCAGCAUCUCCUGUGUUUCUGAUAUCUGUCCCAUGUGUUUUUUUUUUUUUUUCACUCCUAUGUCAGGGCCAUGUAGAAACUUCUAGGGAAUACAUAAUGUGCAUCAGUUCAUUUCCAUUUAUUUGUUUUAGAUAUAAUGAAGAGUCAACUUGAUUCCCUCUUUCUGGAAGAAAUCUAAAAUGAAUCAUUGGGACCAAGAUAUUAAAGUUUUAAAAAGCCUUACAGGGUUUUCUGUCCCCUGUAUUUUAUUUCUUCAGUCACUGCUUGGCAUUAAUCUGAUUUCUAUGAAUGUAUCUUCAUACUGCGCUUGCUAAGCCCUGAUGUUCCCAUGUCCAGCUGCAGCUUUACGGCUCUGAAGCUUAAUUAUCGUCUGCCUUCUCCUACCCGUGUGUUGGUGGAUGUUUCCUGUUCCGACUCAUUUCCAUUGGUUCCUGCAAACCAGUAGUUCUCUCCUUUUUGUUUUUAGCGAAGCUCUUUGGCUACUUACCAGAGUGUUUUGUUGGUUAGACGAAUAUCGGCGGCUGCUCCAGUAGCUGCCAGUCAAAUGUGAUGUUUCCAAACUGUACAUUUAGAAAGUGCAUGAGGCGCGUUGGGUUCGAUGUGGCUGACGUCGGUUUAAGUCUCCUCCGUUACAUAAAGGAAGAAGCAUGCCACUUUGAACCACAUGCAUAAAAGUUUCGUGCUUUGAUGGUUUGUAAAUAUUGUCAUUUAUGAAGUAUUAAAAGGUUUUUGUAUAUUGUUUUUGAAAACCGCUUCCAUUCUGUUUUAGUCCAGAGGAAACAGGAUGUUAACCCCUUGUUAGACCGAGCCGUCCCAUCUGUUAACAAGGACUGAAACUCACCAGCAGACCUGCUCUUCUGCAAAUGAAGUUGGUGUUUAGUUUCUUGCCUCUUCCGUUUGGAUGUUUCACAGUUUGCUUGUGAUUGAUUUUUAUUUUUUUCUGCCAGCUGCAUUUGACUUAACUGGGAGAAAUCCUUCAUACUGUACAGUUUAGGUUUGGGGUGGGAUGGGGAGUCAUUAAAGUGAGUUUAUUUCUGUAAAUUUCUAUGUAAGAUAAGUAACAUUAAACUAAUAAAUCAUA